AUGGCGACGACAAUACGGUCAUUGAGACCAGCUGCCGGACUCAUCCAAACCACAUCACGACGACGCAUACCAAGCAUAUCACAAUCUAUACCGCGCAUACAACGCUCCUCACCAAGCACGUCGCGACCCAUGUCAGCCACCAUUACCACCACCACCACCACCUCAAUCGGCCCACCCUUGAACAUUCCUAAAUGGGUCUCGGAAAACGCACACAUGCUCAAACCCCCAAUAAACAACUACUGCGUCUACAACGACUCGGUAACCGUCAUGAUCGUCGGCGGCCCCAACCAACGCACAGACUACCACGUCAACUCCACCCCAGAAUGGUUCUACCAGUACAAAGGCUCCAUGCUCCUCAAAAUCGUCGACGAAACACAACCCGCCGGCCGCCAAUUCCGCGACAUCCACAUCCACGAGGGCGACAUGUUCUUGUUGCCCCCCAAUACCCCGCAUAACCCCGUGAGGUUCAAGGAUACGGUGGGUGUGGUGCUCGAGCAGAAGAGGCCCGAGGGGAGUUUGGAUCGCCUGAGGUGGUAUUGUCAGGGGUGUGGGGGACAGGUGUAUGAGGAGGCUUUUCAUUGUACGGAUUUGGGCACGCAGAUUAAGGAGGCGGUCGAGGCGUUCAAGGCGGAUGUGGGCAAGAGGACGUGUAAGAGCUGUGGGACUGUGUGUGAUACUGCUCCUAAGCCCAAGGAUUGA